AUGAGCAACUUGUUUGAGGACGACAGUUUUCUCUUGGUUUUCAGAGGAGUUAAUGUCAGAACACGAAAAUAUGUUGGAUACUAUAGUGGAAACAAAUCGGGCUCAGUGUAUCGAUCUCGAUAUCAUCAAAUAUCAAUAGUGUUCACUUCAGAUGAAUCAACCACAAGAUCGGGAUUCAACAUUUCAUAUAAGACGGGAACCCCUCAAACUCUGAAAGCGUGCCCAGGAAACUCAUAUAUUGUUGCUUUGGGAAUGGAGUCAGGCGAAAUAAAGGAUGGUCAAAUAUCUGCGUCUUCAGCUUUUUCUCAGCAGUGGAAACCAAGCUUAAGUCGUCUCAAUAAUCGAAGGGGUGCCUGGAUAAGUGCUAAAGCUGUUCUACCCCGACACAGAUCGUAUAAACUGCCUACAACACAGAACCAAUGGAUUCAAAUUGAUUUACUGAGAAAUCGUGUCGUAACUGGAAUUGUUACACAAGGAUUCAUCUUGACGUCAGGAGAUUUAUUUGUUACAUCAUUUAGCAUUUUAUUUAGAAAAAGUAGGAAGACGUGGAGAGAAUAUAGAGAGGGAAUUGAUCCACGACUGAAGGUUUUUAAAGCAAAUAUCGACGGUAGAACUUCUUGCAAUAUCCAAUUCAGUCAUCCUUUCGCUGCAAGAUAUUUGCGUAUUAUUCCACGCAGUUGGACAGGACAAUAUAUUGUGAUGAGGAUGGAAAUAUUGGGAUGUAGCGGAUCAACUAGUUUAGCUAAUGAUGAUGAAUGCGGAGAAGAUGAUUUUGAAUGUGGUGAUGGAACAUGCAUAAGUCGAGAAUUAAUUUGUGAUAAAAACAAUGAUUGUGACGACAAGAGUGAUGAAGUGGACUGUGCAAAAUGUCGAAACUUUCAGUUUAAAUGUGGAUCUGGAGAAUGUAUUCUACGCAAGAAACGAUGUGACGGGAGUAAAGAUUGCAGCGAUGCAACUGAUGAAAUGGGGUGUUCUCGUUGCCACGGAGAUGAUUUUCAGUGCCAUGACGAAAGUAUGUGUCUGAAAAUAAAACGAGUUUGUGACGAAUAUAAAGAUUGUGAUGAUUUUUCCGACGAAAGAAAUUGUAGUCAUCCGUGGUUGUGUCCUGUGCAUACCGAUUACAAAUGUUCUGAUCGUUCGUGUGUACCUGGCAUCAACUUAAAAUGUAACGGCUUUACAGACUGUGAUGAUUCUUCUGAUGAAAAUGAUUGUGAUUGUGGCACUUCUCCGAAAUUCGACUCCAACGUCAUAUUAGAUGAAACUCUGGUAUCAAGUACGAACAGUCGCAGCAGAAGAUCUGUUACCAAUUCAGGAAGAUUUCCAAGAAUAGUAGGAGGCAUGGAUGCUGAUAUUGAAUCGUGGCCUUGGCAAGUUUCUAUCGAGAAGAGUAAGGAUAAAGAACACUUUUGCGGAGGAGCUCUCAUAUCAAAUAGAUUUAUUCUUACUGCAGCUCAUUGUUUGGUUGCUAAGAAAAAGGCUGAUAUACGUAUCAAAAUGGGUCUCAACCAUCUAACGGAGACAGAAAAUACUCAAAGUUUCAAUGCGAGUCGUGUUUUUAUGCAUCCUCGGUAUGAUGCGCAGACCUACGAUUUUGACAUUGCUCUAAUAAAAAUAGACGGAAACGCUACUUUGAGUGACAGAACAAGAAAAAUAUGUCUUCCGCCAUCUAGUCAUAUUUUUCACGAAGGUCAGAGCUGCUGGAUAACUGGAUGGGGAACUACAUCUGUACGCGGUAGGAGAUCUGAAACAUUACAGGAAGCCCGGGUAGAAUUGAUGACAAACGACCAAUGUAACAGACCAAGAUGGUAUGCAGGAAAAAUAACUCCACGAAUGAUUUGUGCCGGAGAUUCAAAUGGAAGUGUAGACUCAUGUCAGGGUGAUAGUGGCGGUCCGUUAGUUUGCCAAGAGAGAGGUGGGAAAUGGUUUGUUGCUGGGAUAGUAAGCUGGGGAAACGGUUGUGGAGUUGCAUACAAACCAGGAGUAUAUACAAGAAUGACAGAGAUGAUACACUGGGUUGAAGAUAUAAUGGAAAAAGAAGAUGGUGAUGGUUAAGUCCAUUUCUAUUACAAGCAAAUCAAGUUCUAACCGGAUAUUUCUGGAACCAUGGAUUUCAGCGAACUGUUGAAUAUGAAACCGGAAUGGUGACAUGUAUCUGAAGAAAUCCAAUCCUGAUUUGAAAUUUAUCUCGUAUCACCGAGCGCUUCACACGCGAAAGUUGGUUGUGAUUGUUGAAUUCAAAAACGUAUUUAUAGCGUUUUAAUUGAUGAGUAACUAUACCCGGAUGAUUUUAUGUAAUCUGGCAAUCUCACGAUC